AACAGCUGAGCCUCUGAUGUUCGAACGCGCAUGGCGUCGGCUUACGAGAAGAAGGACUUGUUCCAGCUUCUGGCAGAAGACGUUGGCAAAUUGGGCAUUGCAUUCCAGAGUCUCCCGCCUGGCCAUGUCAAAGUCAAAUCAGUGGCGCCGGGUGGUUGGGGGGAGCUGCAUGAAGUUAUGGCUGGGGAUUUGCUGGUUGAAGCGCAAGGGAAAGACUUGGAGCAUGUCUCUGCAGAAGAGUUUCGAGACAUGAUUCAAUCGCAAAGGCCUCUCAGUCUGAUUUUUUUCGCCUGUGAUCCUAUCCCCGGCAGAGAGGAUGAGGAAUCUGAGGUAUCUGUGCAAAGUCGCCGAAGGUCAUCUCGUCUGAGCGCGAAGGGAAGUGGAGUGGAGCCAUUUCAAAGCAUCCCAGCGACGAGCGCCAGGAAGGAUGGCCUACCAGGCCUACCACACCCGAAGCCGUCAGACCAGGCACCGUCCCCGGCGCCCACUCCAACAGCCGCAGCGGCCCCCACGACAGCCCCGGCAGCACCGAUCAUACCAACAACCUCCACAACCCCGACAUCCACAACGCCGGCUUCCACAGCGCCGCCGGCGCCCACGGCUCUCACGGCGCCGGCAGCCGCCACAGCGCCAGCGGCCGCACAGUCGGCCACUGCCCCACACAUCCCUGCGGCCCCACAGCCCCCAGCGGCCCCACUGGCCCCGGCAGCCGCACAGGCCCCGGCGGCCACACAGGCCCCGGCGGCCCCGUUGGGCUCAGCUGCUUUAGCAACCCCAGCGGCUUUAGCGACGGCAGCGACCGCAGUGACCCCAGCAAUUCCAGCGACUCCAGCAACCCCACCUCGGAUAGCAACCGCAGCUGUCCAAAAGAGCGCAAUGCCCGAAACACAAGCUGCGCCGCCGGCAAAAAUUGUGAGUCGAGACGUGCCCGUACAGUCAACGGCAUUGCGCGGUACUGUUAGUGCCACAGAGCGUCCGGCUGCUUGUCCUCGGAGCGUGCCAGAGCGCGAGGUGCUUCGGGCCCAGAUUCGCCCAACUUCUCCAAGACCCAUGGGUGAACAAAGUGUCGGACAUGAGACCUCCACAACUGCAUCAGCGCGUCCAGACAUGCAGGUUGGGAGUUUAGCGCCGAGCCCGGUGGAACCAGCCCAAGGCAGGUCUGGUUGAGCUCACCGUGAGACUUGUUGUGUGAGCCGGACCUAUCGCCAGGAGCGCAGAGACUGACAUGAGCCACUUGCAGAAGGUGAAGUCAGAGCUGGAGCUAGAGCGGCAGCACAAGGAGUCUGAGCUGAAGAUUGCGCACGAGCUGCGCCUGCAGUUGCAGACUACCAAGUCAGAGGCUGAAAACUUGCGCACAAAGCUUGCAAACGCGAAGCUUGAGCUCAGAAAAGAGCUCAAUGAGCCGAAAGGCGCUCAGGUUCAGUCGGGAUGGGAAGCGCCGCCGAGGGAGGGCCGGGAGGGCUUGGAGGGUGGGGAGGGGCGGCGAGCGGAAAAGGCGCUCCGAACAGAGAUAGAAGAACUUGGAGCCACACUGGGUAAAGUCCGAGCUGACCUGCGGCGGUCGCAAGAAGCUGUCCGAGAGGCCCGGGAGACGGAGAGCGCGGCAGACGGGACGGGCGCCUUCUCACUGCGUGUGGAGGAGGCUGCAGUGCGAGGCCUGCAGCGGCAGCUGGAGACCACCUCGAUCGCCACGCACGACGCGGAGGAGAACGAACUGCACAGUGUGCGGACAGAGCUGCGGGUUGAAAAGGCGGCUAUGCGCUCCUUCCAACGGUCAGCUGGAAACGACGAGGAGGCUCUGGCGCAGAGAGUGUUAAAGGACCAAGUAGACAUGAAGGAUUCUCUAGUGCGCGCAGAGAAUGCGGCCAUGAGAGGGUUGAGGAGACGUCAGGAUGAGGCGAGGAAGAUGACGCUUGAACUUCAAGACCCGCUGGUGGAAGAGGCGCAUGCGGUUCGAGCAGGAAUUGCCCACGAACAGGCCCGGGGUGCAGAACAAAAUGUGGCGAUCCUGUGCCUGCAUGAGUGCGCCCUGAACCAGCAGAAAGAGAUAGAAAUCUUGAGCGGAGCUCGGGCGCUCAAUGGGGACUCAAUCUAUACAUCUGGUUCUGUGCAAGCGAACGCGGCGGUUAUCAAGGGAGUUCUCAAACAGGGCCGCCCGGAUCAGCUCACUGUUGUUCUUCCGCAGACGCUGGCCCAGCAAGAUGCGAAAUUGAAGAAACUCCUUAACACAUGUGCUGAUGCUGGCGUCAAUAUUGUCGAGUCAGCUGCAGGGUCAGUGUUUGAGGAGGCGGCAGACGUUUGCCACAGGGGCUUGCUCCAGAAGAUCAACCAGCUGGUUGCUUUCGCGCCCUUGUGCAAUGAGUCUGCGGACAACUUGGUCCAGACUGCCAAAGAGCAAGGAGUAAAAGUGACUGCGUUUUACACGGAGGCAUUGCAAGACAGGGAGUGAAAAGGGCGCGGCCGUGCCAGGUUCGCCGACCCUCCUUUGUGAACUCUUGUCUUGUCUUUGUUUUUUUGCACCUAUCUUGUCCAAUCCCCAGGCCAUUCUGCUCCGGU